AUGAAACUCGCCACCCUUCUGGUCUCCGCUGCGGCCGCUGUGCUCGCGGCACCAAGCUCCUCCCCAGCUGAAGGCAUCGCCGCUCGCCAAAACGACCUCAUUUACCCGCACCGCACAUUCCGCUACUGGGUCCAAACCGGCGCCCUCAAGGAGGACCCGCAGGACCAGCUCCUCGUCGUGAAAAACGGGAUAGCCGCCGACGAGACCACCACAAUUGUCACUUUCGAAGUCUCACCGGAACUCAAAGGCCGCCGCUGCAAACUCCUGUUCGAUCUGUGGCCGCGAGAUGUCUCCACAGGCUCCAAGCAGGCGGACGUUUUCACCGUCAUCAAUCCGCCAACGCAUGAUUUCUCUGCGGAAACUGUCUCCAAAUGGAGGCCGGCUGCCCUUGCGGAGACUCAGCGGAGCCGCGAUAUCCACCAGGGCCGUAUUUCGGUUAAUGUACCGGGAAGCGCGGUCUGGAUUCAGUCGUUCCAAGGAUAUCCUGAGUUCGACUGCCCUGCUGGCAAGCUGUUCGCGCUUGAGUAUGUUGGCGUCAAUGAUGAGGUUGCUAUCCGCUGGGAUAUUGGGGUGACUGGGCCUAGAAUUGCUCCUAUGUAA